GAGCCUAUGUCUUUAUAUAUUACACCCAUGGGUGCUAUUAACCUCAGUGCUUUCUGUGUAUUUCAGACAUUAGUCUCUAACCAUGGGGGAUUGGAACUUACUGGGUGGCAUUCUAGAGGAAGUUCAUUCCCACUCAACCAUAGUGGGGAAAAUCUGGCUGACCAUCCUCUUCAUCUUCCGAAUGCUGGUACUUGGUGUGGCUGCUGAGGAUGUUUGGGAUGAUGAACAGUCAGCAUUUGCCUGCAACACCCAGCAGCCAGGUUGCAAGAACAUCUGUUAUGAUGAUGCUUUCCCUAUCUCUUUGAUCAGGUUCUGGGUUUUACAGAUUAUCUUUGUGUCUUCUCCUUCUCUGGUGUAUAUGGGCCAUGCACUUUAUAGACUCAGGGCCUUUGAGAAAGAGAGGCAGAGAAAAAAAUCACAUCUUAGAGCCCAGCUGGAAAACCCAGAGCUUGACUUGGAGGAGCAACAAAGGAUAGAUAGGGAACUGAGGAGGUUAGAGGAGCAGAAGAGGAUCCAUAAAGUUCCUCUGAAAGGAUGUCUGCUGCGUACUUAUGUCUUACACAUCUUGAUUAGAUCUGUGCUGGAAGUGGGGUUCAUGAUAGGUCAAUAUAUUCUCUAUGGGUUUCAAAUGCACCCUCUUUACAAAUGUACUCAGCCUCCUUGCCCCAAUGCAGUGGAUUGCUUUGUAUCCAGACCCACAGAAAAGACCAUCUUUAUGCUCUUUAUGCACAGUAUUGCAGCCAUAUCGUUGUUACUCAAUAUACUGGAGAUAUUUCAUCUGGGCAUCAAGACAAUCACGAGGGCACUUUAUGAAAAAUCCAGCAGUGAGGGCAUUGAGUAUGAAAGUGGUCCUCCAUUCCACUCAAAAAAAAAUGCAGUGCCUCAGCAGUGUAUGAUUUGCUCUUCCUUGCCUGAAAGAAUGUCUCUACUUCAAGCCAACAAUCAACAGCAAGUUAUCCAAGUCAAUGUGCCAAAGUCUAAAAGCAUGUGGCAAAUCCCACAGCCCAGGCGACUUGGGAUAGACCCUUCCCGUAGCAAAAAAGACUGGUCUGAGAAAGAUCAGCACAGCGGACAGCUCCACACUCACUGCCCAAGUCCCUGGGAUGGCGGUGCCAGAAUUCAGCACCGCGGACAGCAACAAACUCAUUCCUCUUUUGGACCACAUAAUACAGUGCCCCAGUCCUGGCUAGGUAAAAUGACGGCCUCUAGACACUGUCCAUCCUAUGCAAUAGGAACCUUGGAAAAGUCUCAGGAUCUGGAACUUUCAGGUGAGCCUCUCACAGAUGUACACAGUCACUGCAGAGACAGUGAUGGCAGUGUGAGAGAGAGUGGGAUUUGGAUAGAUAGAUCUCGCCUGGGCAAUCACAAGGCCAGCUUUCUGUCCAGAUUGUUGUCUAAAAAGGGACAGCUGCACAGCGAUCUAGGAAGUUCCAGCUCUCAGAAUAGCUCCUGCAUGGAUUUUACCCACCGAGAAAACAGCCCCUCACCUCUGCCUUCUACCACUGGGAACAGAACAUCAAUGAACAUGCUUCUAGAACUUUCAUCUAUUAUGAAAAAAUAAUGCACCAGGAACAGCUGGCACCUGCAGAAAGAAAAGUUGUGCCUUGAUCAGCUUAAAGUUGAAGCAGAACUUCAGGACCCAUACCCUCCACAGCGAUACCUGCCAGGUGCUGGGCUGUGUACAGGAUGCUCCCGGCUUGGGCUCCCCUCUGCAGGAGACACUGCUCACGGGGGCUGGGGUCAGCCUCUUAGUACCCUGCCUGGCUGCACUGCUCAAGGCAGGUCCAGUGUGGAGGCAUGGUGAGACUGUGCACCAUCAGAGAAAAUUUAGGGGCAAGAGCUGCUUCUGCCCUGAGGAGGAGCAUUGGGAUGCAGCUCCUCUUCCCCAGCCCCAGAAGCUUGGUAGGACAUUUUGCUGAGAGAGUAUCAGAUCUACAGCUGCAGCAACAGUAAAGGUGGCCCCUUGAAUGUGGGUCCAGAGAACCUGGACCUCUUUGCUUAGCCUGGGCUCAAACACACUUUCUGUCAUGAAGGAGAGGUUGAUGAGAAACUUUUUGUUCUCAUCAGUUCAUUUCUAGGGGAUGAACUAGUUAGAUUUUUAGUUCAUAAAUGCUAUAGAAAUAAAAUAAUGAUUAAGACACACAAACACUAGUAUCACAUGGUUUAUUGUGUUCUUCUGGGGAGUAUUCAUAAUGAGUGGUGAUAUCAUGAUUGUGGCAAAACAGAUACUUGGGGAGUGUUAACAGACAGCACUUUUCUUUGUUCUUCAACUCCCCCCUUCCCAGUGCUCCUGAGCCAUGUAGGAAGGGUGC